CUUCCCGGUUUCUUGCGGGCGGGAGGCUGCGGAUCGUGGCCGCGCUGCCCGCAGACAGGCCGAGCAGCCGAGGGUGAGGCGCGAGGAGGGGGAUCCGCGCGUGGUGUGCUUCUGUCCGCAGGUCCCCAAGUCCCAAAUGGGCGGGGAGCGGUCCGUGGAGCAGCCGGGAGGGUGCAGAGCUGCAGUCCGCGCCUCUGAGCCGAGCGCCAGACGGCGGACGGGAACCGCGAGGUGACAGACGCGCGAGGUGACAGACGCGCGAGGUAAUUUAUUUGGCACAGAACUCUUCUUUGAAGAACUUUCUAUUUUAUUGAAAGAUGGCAGAUGCAGUUUUGAUUGAUCUCUUUGAUUUGAAAUUGAACUGUCAGAAAAACUGCUAUCAGACACUAUUGAAGACAUUGAAUGCCAUCCAAUACCACCAUGCUGCCAAGCCCAAGUUCCUUUGCAUAAUGGGUUACAGUAACAUCAGCUGUGAAAGGGAUGGUGAACAUGAUAAUUGUGAACUGGAAACAAGCAAUGGAUUAUUACCUCUCUUGAGAGAAUUUGAGACUGUUAGUAAUCCCAGCAUGGCUGCCUCUUUGUAUACCAUUAAACAAAAAAUAGAUGAAAAAAAUCUGAGCAGCAUUAAGGUAAUUGUACCUGCACACAGGAAAACCUUAAUGAAGGCUUUUAUUGAUCAACUCUUCACUGAGGUUUACAAUUUUGAGUUUGAAGAUUUACAGGUGACUUUGAGGGAUGGCCUUUUGAAACAGUCCACUGAGAUAAACACAAUCACAACUCAUAAACUAGAAGAAAUCCAGAGAGAAAUAGAAACAUAUUUGAGAAGUCUGCCAACACUGAAAGGAGAAUUAAGUAUUAUCACAUCUCCUUUGAUCCCAGGUAUUUUCACACAUGGAUUUACUACAAGAACAGGUGGGAUAUCUUAUAUACCAACUCUUAGCUCAUUCAAUCUCUUCAGUAGUUCCAAAAGAAGAGAUCCCAAGGUAGUUGUUCAAGAAAAUCUACGUAGGUUGGCAAAUACUGCUGGAUUUAACGUGGAGAAAUUUUAUCGAAUAAAGACUGAUCAUGCCAAUGAAGUCUGGAUUAUGGGAAAGAAGGAGCCAGAAUCUUAUGAUGGAAUAACCACAAACGAGAGAGGAGUCACAGUAGCAGCUCUUGGUGCUGACUGCAUACCUCUAGUUUUUGCAGAUCCUGUCAAAAAAGCAUGUGGAGUUGCUCACUCUGGCUGGAAAGGUACUUUAUUAGGUGUCGCUAUGGCUACUGUGAAUGCUAUGAUAGCAGAAUAUGGCUCUAGCUUGGAAGACAUUAUUGUUGUACUGGGACCUUCAGUAGGACCUUGCUGUUUUACUCUUCCCAGGGAAUCAGCAAACGCAUUUUAUAAUCUUCAUCCUGCCUGCGUACGACUUUUUAACUCACCAAAUCCCUAUAUUGACAUCCGUAAAGCCACCAGGAUUCUUCUAGAACAAGGAGGAAUUCUUCCACAUAAUAUUCAAGACCUGAACCAGGAUCUCAACCUCUGUACAUCUUGUCAUCCUGACAAGUUUUUCUCCCAUGUCCGAGAUGGCCUUAAUUUUGGUACACAGAUUGGCUUCAUAUCAAUUAGAGAAUGAGGUACUGGGUUUUCCCUCCUCUCUGCAGUCUCUCUUCUCUCUGAUCUCUUUCUGUGACUGGCUCCCUCCCUCCUCCUUUCCUGUCCUCUCUUCUUCCUCUUUCAGCCUUUUCCUCCCUUUAUUUAAAAAAUAAUGAACUAUACUUAAUUCUACUCCUUUAUUCCUAUAAAAAGAAUUAUUUCUACUUUUUCAUUGAGACCAUAGUAGUAGAAACAUACUCUAUUACAAAAAGGAGCCAUUCCUUUUCCUAGUUAAUGAAUAAUCAGGCAGCCUUAUGUUUAAAGUAUUAAAAUAAAGUGAUUUAGUCUUUAAAAAAUCCUGUAUGUAAGUUCUUUAUGUUUACUAUGUACUUGACAUCUGUACAUUUCUAUCAUAUCAUCUUUAUACCUUUUAAAAAAUGUUUUACAAUGACAUCUUUGCAUAAAGAUUCUAAAUUCUAGAAUAAAAAGAAAUCCACGGUUAUACAAAUCGGGUUAGUUUUUAGCUAGUUUUCCAACUUCUAUCUGUGGUAGAAUUGACCAGAUUUUUCUUUAAAGAGGCAGAUAGUAAAUAUUUUGUGCUUUGUGUGACAUUCAGUCUCUGUCUUAACUACUCAUCUCUGCCACUGUGGAGCAAAAGCAGACACUGACGACAGAAGUGAGUGUGU